CAGGAACACCCGGCCACUGACAGCCAAACUCCCCAACUCCGCCCUCGUCCCCGCGGGAUCCCGGAGCCUCGCCGGCCAGGGCCGGGGCCGCCGGAGCCGCGCUGCGAGCGAACAUGGCAGCAGAAUGAGAAGGCUGGCGCCGGGUCGUGGCCUCUGCCGUUGCCACCGCCGCGCUGCAGUUUAAGAUCCGCGCCCCACGCCCUCGGAGCCUCGUGCUUACCGGCCUCCUGGUGGCCGCUGAAUUAUUUCAUUCUAGGCGAAGGGUGGGGGAGAAAAGGGACCCCGCAGCCCAGCCGUUCCGGGCGCUGGCAGCGUGUAGAGGCUCGUGCGUGCGCUACUCGCCGGCUGCGGAAAAGACGCGGGAGAGAGUCAGUCCCGGGCUGCAGCGGCGCGUGUGCGGGGAUGAGCCGGCUAUGGAGCGGCCUCCGUGGGGCGCACGGAGCCGGCUGGCGCUGCGGCGGAGGUGCCGCCUGAGCCGAGGUUCCACGGUGCUCCGGAGCCUCGGGCGCCCUGGGUGGGUCUCUGCCGCCGCCUCCGGGAAGGACGGGAACCCCGCGUGGCGGACACUGCAGCAGUCACUGCACUGAAGCGCCCCGAGACUGCUCUGCCCUGCAGCUGGGUGUGCUCUCGGCACCCGGGCGCCUUGCCCAGGGCACGGCGGCUGGCGCGCCGUGGAGAGCCGGGUGCGGGACUGGCUAGAGGGGUGUGCGCGCGCGUGUUGGACUGGAGAGCCAAGCUAAAGCAGGACCAGGUGGACCCGAGCAGCCAUGCUUCCCGGGGUGGGCGUGUUCGGCACCAGCCUCACCGCCCGAGUCAUCAUCCCUCUGCUGAAAGACGAGGGUUUCGCGGUGAAGGCGCUAUGGGGCCGCACGCAGGAGGAAGCGGAGGAGCUGGCCAAAGAGAUGAGCGUUCCCUUCUAUACGAGUCGCAUUGACGAGGUGCUGCUGCAUCAGGACGUGGACUUAGUGUGCAUCAACUUGCCGCCGCCCCUCACCAGGCAGAUCGCUGUCAAAACCCUGGGCAUAGGCAAGAACGUCAUCUGCGACCGCACGGCCACGCCGCUGGACGCCUUCCGCAUGAUGUCGGCCGCCCACUACUACCCCAAGCUCAUGAGCAUCAUGGGCAACGUGCUGCGCUUCCUGCCGGCCUUCGUGCGCAUGAAGCAGCUCAUCGAGGAGGGCUACGUGGGCGAGCUGCUGGUGUGCGAGGCGCAGGUGCACGGCGGCAGCCUGCUGGGCAAGAAGUACAACUGGAGCUGCGACGACCUGAUGGGCGGGGGCGGCCUGCACUCGGUGGGCACCUACAUCAUCGACCUGCUCACCUUCCUCACUGGCCAGAAGGCCCUCAAGGUCCACGGGCUGCUCAAGACCUUCGUGAAGCAGACCGACCACAUCAAGGGCAUCCGCCAGAUCACCAGCGACGACUUCUGCACCUUCCAGAUGGUGCUGGAGGGCGGGGUGUGCUGCACCGUCACCCUUAACUUCAACGUGCCCGGGGAGUUCAAGCAGGACGUGACCGUGGUGGGCUCUGCCGGGCGCCUGCUGGCGGUGGGCACGGACCUGUACGGGCAGCGCAAUAGCGCCCCGGAGCAGGAGCUGCUGCUGCAGGACUCCACACCUGUCCGCAACUCCCUGCUGCCGGAGAAGGCCUUCAGCGACAUCCCCUCGCCCUACCUGCGGGGCACCAUCAAGAUGAUGCAGGCCGUGCGCCAGGCCUUCCAGGACCAGGACGACCGGCGCACGUGGGAUGGCCGGCCGCUCACCAUGGCUGCCACCUUCGACGACUGCCUGUAUGCCCUGUGCGUGGUAGACACCAUCAAGAGGUCCAGCCAGACGGGCGAGUGGCAGAACAUUGCCAUCAUGACGGAGGAGCCGGAGCUGAGCCCCGCCUACCUGAUCAGCGAGGCCAUGCGCCGGAGCAGGAUGUCCUUGUACUGUUAGCACGGACUGGGGACCUAGGGGACUUGGGCCUUCUGCGUGGGACCCAGAGGGAAAGGUGUGGGAGAGAGUGGCCUCCAGGAGUGUGGGGAUGGGGAGGUGGAGGGACAGUGGGAAUAAGUGGCCUCUGAGGAGGUGAACUGCAGCCCAGGUGAGGGGCCCCGAACAAGACUGUCAGGAUGCUGAGUAAAUAGCCCGGGAGUGUUCAGAGGGCCUGCCUUUCCUGAGAUCAUCCCUGCUGGGCAUUUGCCUGAGAGGGAGGAGGUUUAGCCGCCUCUGCUGCCCUUUACUGUGGGGAGCAAGGAGGGGUGCCUUUCCCCUUCACCUCAUCCACCCCCAUACCUUGGCCUCCUUUGCAAACCAAAUGCUCCUGUGAGGUCAAGCUUAGUUGGUGUGGCCUCCCUAUUCUGCCCCCCCACAAAAAAAAUCUCACAGGAGAAGGCACAUCCUCCCAUGUCCACACAAGCCUGUUGGCCUGGGGAAAGGUGGGGGUGCAAUGGGCUACUGAGAAAGUUCCAAUUCCAGGAAGCCACUUUAAGUGUCUGGAGGCAAAAGUACUUGGCAACGAAGUGUACAGCUUUCUUGACUGAUUGUUCUUCCUCAGAGGAAGCAGGAGGGAGUGUCUUCCUAAUUGGUCCACUGCCCUUCACCUGGCCUGAGGUCGGGUACGGAGUGCCGGGAAUGCCAGCAGAGACAGGGUCUCUUUAAGCCAAAAUGAGAGAGCAAGAACAUACCCUGCAUGGAAACAGACGAGGCAGAGAAUAGCAUAUCCCUUUGAACUUGUCAGCAAUGAAAAAAAUUGCAAGAAGCCAUCUUGUAACACUACUUCUGGUGGAGAGUUGAGUGUAAGAGGGAUUCCAUGCUGAAGUAUGAAGGUUGUCCUUUCACCUCGCUCCCCAGUUAAGGCCAAGGAGACGGGAGGAGGUUUGGGCCUGACUGCAAGCUCAGAGCUGCCCUCAAGAAGUGGGGCAGCUGUGUGCCCCAGUGUUGCAGUGGGAGUUCCCCCAGAAGGGAAAGGGAGCCAGCCCUGGAUUUGCUUUGUGUUCCAACACCCAUGCCUCCUACAAGCCAGGGAAGGGCUUUUAGGAGUUUCACGCAGCUCUGUGGAUGGAUGUAAAAGAGAAGUCUUCAGUUCCACUCAGAUAUAAUCCCCUUCCCUUAAAAAGAAGUAAAGCCUCUUUUCUCUA